AAAUGGUUUCCAGCAUCAAUCUUGGAUUUUUGGAGAAAACAGCUGUAUUUUUCUCCAUCUGUAUAUUAUUCUAUUCAACAAAUGCCGAUAGCAAGCCAUUGAGCAAACGGGCUAUCAAUGAAGUCCAACUUAUGCAUAACCUCGGGGUGCAUAAACAUGCUGAACUGAGGCAAGACUGGCUUCAGACGAAACUGCGGGAAAUCCACACGGCCGCAAUCAAGAACACAGGCGCAGAGAGAACAGCACUUCUUCCAGACAUUUUCCCCAAUCUCAAGGAUCUAAAUCCAAGGGAAGCUGAAGACAUCAUUGCCGUUUUGGAAAAACUUAUGAACCCAUCGUAAAAACAGAAUUUGACACCUAAUGUGGACUAUGCUCAGGGACUGAAAUCAAGCCAUUCUGUUCACCUUUUAUUAUUCUAUUAACAAUAUUUAUUUUUUCUAUACACAAACUAUUUAUAUUUUUUAUGUAGUUUUCCAGUUUUCUUUGGCGGCUAAGCCGUAUAACAUUAAGGCUCAAAGCACUUCUAUGUAUUUAUGAGUUAUUUGAUUGUAACAUAGAUUAACUGAACCCAAAAGAAAAAUGUAAAAGGACCAAAUCUUAAGAGAAAAUGGAGAAAAAGUAAUUUUUCAAGGUGUUUUCUAUUUUUGAUGACAAU